CCUCUCUUCAUCAAUAUAUAUAUAACAAUUAACAACACAUCAUCAUCAUCGGUUUCUUCAUCAAACAAGCAAGAUUUCAACAACCCAGUUCGAAUUCAGUGUCCAAAAUCAAAUUGUAUCAAAUCAUAGAAUGAGUUCAGUGAAAAGAGCUUGGACUGCAGCGGCCGGCGUUGGAGUUGUUGAAGCCCUAAAAGACCAGAUGGGUUUCUGCCGGUGGAACUACGCCAUCAGAUCUAUUAAUCAUCAACACGCCAAGAACAAUCUCGGUAUGUUCUCUCAAGCCAAUAAGCUUUCUUCUCCGGCCGUCAUGAGAACAGAAGAUCAGGAGAGGGCAAAGCAAUCGGAGGAAUCUCUUAGAAAAGUGAUGUACCUCAGCUGUUGGGGACCCAAUUGAUC